AUGCACUCGGCCGUUGCGUCGCGGAUGAGCGCACACUUCAAGUCUCAAUCCGUUCUGACUGCCACCGCCGUAUCGCUGCUUGCAUUACCGACUUCUUCUGCUGGUACUCUAGGCAUCAAGUCCUCGACUUCUCUGUCCUCCGAGCCAUUCGUCACUGCGCCUCCUGCUCCCGCUUCUGAGCCACCUACACAGGGCGCCAUCGUGGACACUCCUAACCCAAGCUCCGAUGCAUCCAAGCAGAAGGACGAGCGGUCCCGAUUCUCAUCGCUCUUGGCGGUCUUUAUGAUCCUCGGCGCGCUGGUCCUUCUCGGGAUCUCCACCGUCUGUCUCCGCUGUGGCGUCCCAGGCUUCAAGCGCAUCCUCACGCGUCGCAAGAGGAACACCAUGACGGAGCGGACGAUCGAAGAAGGCUUCCGCGACAUCUCCAAGUUCAUCCCUCCUCAUGUUGUGCAGAAGAAGACUAGUUUCCUGGUGCCAAGUCACCCGCCUAUCGUGACCGGCUCUUCACGCACUGGUGGUAGCGCUUCGUCUUCAUUAAGACUGGCCCCGACACUUGCGUAUUCAAGUCGACCCCCGGACUCGAGCUCGUUACAAGCCGUUCACGGGGGCGUAUAUGGCAGUGUCCCUUCCCGCACCACCUCGUGGAUCACUGAAGAAGGCUUCGAAGACGUGACACAUAUACUUUCCGCUUCCACAUUCGCAGCAUCGCGUGUUUCCGACUCCUCGACAUCCUCCGUACGGCUUUCCGUGGCUUCGGUAAACUCCACACGUCUCAGCAGGCACGUGUCUGCCGGCCGUCGAUUUACGCCCUCUUCGUCGCGCGCAAGCCAAGGCGCGGUCAGCGUCUAUGCCCAAUCCUACACCACUUGUGAGAGCCGCUACUCUACGCCUAGCAUCGGUGCUGCCAGCACGGUCUCAGCCGCGACCGCGCGUGCGACAUCGCCCUCGUCAGCCUCGGGCUCGAACAUGGACGCAGGUCCUUCCACCUCGCACUCAAGCGCCGACUCCUUCCACUCUCCCGAGUCGGGCUCAAGCUCCUCAAGACUCUCCUCUUGUUCUUCUGGCUCGGCUUCCCUCUCCGACCUGCCUAUGACCCCGCCCCAGCCGGAGUAUCAGCCCUUGCAUCAUGCGGCGCAGACACCUUCACCUUCCCGACUACCCGUAUACGCGAAGCUGGCGCCGAUCGCGGAGGAGGUCCUUCUCCCCCACCCUGUCUCCCGCCGCGGGGUUGGGCGCGGGGUCGCGCUUCCCGACUGGCGCACGCUCCCGAGCGCGCCCAGUACGCGUCCGUAUGCGGCGCCGAAGAUCCCGCUCCCGCCGCUCCCCGCUGCAGCGCCGGUGCGACGUGGGCGAGCGGACACGCUGCGCCCUGGGGCACCGCUCGCUAUGGGAAGCCGGACGGUUGUCCUCAUGCGAGGAUCAUAG